AGACAGGAAAAUGGCCACUGUUUCAAUCCCUGAAAACACUACCGCACUUUUGCUGGAUAUUGAAGGAACCACGACACCAAUAACGUUUGUAAAGGACAUUUUAUUCCCAUACAUCAAAGAUAAUCUCGAGGAGUAUCUGUCGGCGCACUGGGAAGAAGAUGAAUGCAAACAAGACGUGCAUCUCCUUAAGAAACAGGUUGAGGAGGACCUGCGUCUGCACCGAGCAUGUGCGCAGCACUCCCUGGACCAGUCUGGGCACACGGACGAGGAGAAAGCCAUCCGGGAGGUGGUGGACAACGUGCUGUGGCAGAUGGCUUCGGACAGGAAGACCACAGCUCUGAAACAGCUGCAGGGACACAUGUGGAGGGUGGCCUACGCUGCCGGGAGAAUCAAAGGCGAGGUGUACCAGGACGUGGUACCGUCCAUUAGGAGGUGGAGACGGCAGGGCCUGAAGGUUUAUAUCUACUCCUCUGGCAGUGUGGAGGCUCAGAAACUACUGUUUGGAUACUCUGUAGAGGGAGACGUACUAGAUCUAUUUAAUGGCCACUUCGACACCAACAUAGGCACUAAAGUAGAAAGUAAAAGCUAUGAGAGGAUUGCAGAGAGAAUGGGCUGCCCGCCUGAAGAGAUCAUGUUCCUGACAGAUGUCACACGAGAGGCCAAGGCAGCGGAGGAUGCUGGUGUGAACGUGGCUGUGGUGGUGCGGCCAGGGAACAUGGAGUUGACAGAGGAGGAAAGGUCUCACUAUAACCUCAUUACAACCUUCAGCCAACUGGAAGUGACGGGCAGCGCUUAACACUGGAGGAGAGGGGAGCGGGUACAGAUGCUGCCUUCCGAUUUUUCCCUUCUCCUCCCCAAAGUGUAUAAUCAUUGACUCCCCCUUGUGGAUAUAAAAAAACAUUGAUUGGUCUACACAUGGGAGUUUUCACCAUAUAUUUUACACCUUUGCAUUGUUUUUAAAUCCAUGAGGGGGAGUAAUGAUUGCACACUUCAGGGAGAAGGGUAGAGAAUCGGAACACAACCAGAGAGUGGGAGAACACACUCACUCACUGGCCCUGUUAAAAGGACUGGAAUGGUAAAAGCAACGUGAUGGACGCUCCUCUAGACCUAUUGGGAGAGCCAGGUGGAACCGAAAUGGAACCGGGCCACUCACGAGAACUGUUUGUGGGAGGGUAAUGGGAGGUUCGGGCCAUUGAUCAAAGGACUUUGGGAGUGCACUAAGAGGGGAGCCUGGGUGCCAGUCUGUUACUGCUCUAGCCAGUGUAGCGUUGUUGAACACAGGAACAGUCGGAUAUCCAGGCUAUGCACAGGGUGGGUAACGGGCAACAAGCACCAAGUCGUACCAGUCUGCAGACUGCACAUUUAAGGGACAUGACAGGGUUUCUUUCACCUUUUUUAAAGCAUUUUAAAUAAAAACUAUUUAAGUUGA